CUGGGAUCGCCAGGGCCCAUGAUUCGCCUGCUUCAUCUGUGUGGCCAAUGGCCUCCGGGCGUCUCCCUAUCACCAGACAGUCAUGCCCUAUCAAAAAUGUGCGGGGUCGGCUAAUAUUUUUCAUUCAACCUUAUCACAUAAUCACGGCUAGAUCGAAUAAUCAGGUCGGUACCCAACAGAGCAGAAUAUUCGAAGCUGGGAUCUUGGUCAACCUGGUCUCACCUCGAUCGCAGCUGCCAUGGGUCCCAAGAAGAGGGCUGUUGCUGGCCCUAUUGAGGUCCCGGAUCCCAAGCCUGUUACUCGGAAGGAUGCCGGAGAAUCUACAGAUGUUCAGCCAAACGAUCCCACGAAGCGCAAACGUACAAGAGCGAAACAUGCUCCCAAGGCCGGACACAGAGAACCCAAGGGGGAUGAUGGCUUCUCUGCCUUACUCGAGCCUUUCUACGGAGGGAAGAGCUUGACAGAUCCUAUUGACACAGCCAAGGAUAAAUGGAAUCUGCUGCCCGCAUUCUUGAAGGUCAAGGGCUUGGUCAAACAGCAUAUCGACUCCUUCAAUUUCUUCGUCGAUCAUGAAAUGAAGAAAAUUGUAAUGGCGAACAAGAGAGUUACCAGCGAUGUUGAUAGUCGCUUCUUCCUAGAGUAUCUUGACAUCCGCGUUGGAGAACCAGAGCGCCUUGAUUAUGACGAUCGCAGACCCCAGAACGAAAUAACUCCGAACGAGUGCCGCCUACGCGAUAUGACCUACGCUGCUCCUAUUGUUGUGGAUAUAAAGUACGUGCGCGGUAAAACCAUUAUAAAGAGACAGAACUGUCGCAUUGGGAGACUGCCGAUCAUGCUUCGUAGCUCGAAAUGCAGACUUGCUGGCAAGAAUGACCGGGAAAUGGCACACAUGAACGAGUGUGCACUUGAUCCGGGCGGAUAUUUCAUUGUCAACGGUACCGAGAAGGUCAUUCUCGUACAAGAACAGCUGAGUAAGAACAGAGUUAUUGUUGAGUCCGAUCCAAAGAAAGGCAUUGUCUCGGCAUCCGUCACAAGUUCCACGCACGAACGCAAGUCGAAGAGUUAUGUCCUGAUGAAGAAGGACCGAAUCCACAUGCAGCACAACAUCCUUCAAGAGCCGAUACCAAUCGUGAUCAUACUCAAGGCAAUGGGAAUACAGUCUGAUCACGAAAUGCUACUAUUAGUGGCCGGCACGGACAGUACCUACCAGGAUGAAUUUGCCGUCAAUUUUGAAGAAGCUACAAAGCUUGGAAUCUUUUCCCAGCAUCAGGCUCUCGAGUAUAUCGGAUCUCGUGUCAAAAUGGGAGGCCGAAAUAAGGCUCCAGGGGCGCCGGGCCGACGAAAUUAUAUCGGAGAUGCACUAGAAGCUCUUGCCAAUGUUAUCAUUACUCACGUACCCGUGAAUGGAUUGGAUUUCCGACCAAAGGCGCUCUACAUUUGCUUCAUGGUUCGCAGGGUCUUAAUGGCCAUGCAUGACCCUAGUCUUGUUGACGACCGAGAUUAUGUCGGCAACAAACGGUUAGAACUUGCCGGACAGCUUUUGUCAUUACUUUUUGAAGACCUUUUCAAAAAGUUCAAUUCCGAUCUGAAGAUGAACAUAGACAAGGUUUUGAAGAAGCCAAAUCGAACCAUGGAGUUCGAUGCUUUCCACCACAUGGCGUCUCAUGGUAAUUACAUCACUCUGGGUAUGAACCGAGCCAUCUCGACCGGAAAUUGGAAUCUGAAACGAUUCAAGAUGGACAGAGCAGGCGUGACCCACGUUCUUAGUAGGCUGAGUUACAUCAGCGCCCUUGGGAUGAUGACCCGGAUCAGCAGUCAGUUUGAAAAGACCAGGAAAGUCAGUGGUCCUCGAGCUCUCCAGCCUUCUCAAUUCGGUAUGCUUUGCCCCUCCGAUACGCCAGAAGGAGAGGCUUGCGGUCUGGUCAAGAACUUGGCCCUCAUGACUCAUAUCACAACUAAUGAUGAGGAGGAACCUGUCAAGAAACUGGUCUUCAUAUUAGGCGCUGAAGACAUUGUCUCCAUGAGCGGCAAGGAGAUUUAUGAAGAAGGGGCGUACGUGGUGUUUGUCAAUGGUACUCCAAUUGCGCUCACAAGACAGCCCAAAGUAUUCCUCAACUCGUUCCGAAAGUUCAGACGUAUGGGACGUAUCUCCGAGUUCAUCAGUAUCUACAUCAAUCACCACACGAAUGCAGUACAUAUUGCUACAGACGAAGGGCGCAUAUGCAGACCCCUUAUCGUAGUUGAAAACAGAAAGUCGAAGGUCACAAAACACUCUCUUGAGUGCCUGCGCCGAGGGACGAUGGAUUUUGAUGAUUUCCUCUAUCAAGGUCUCGUCGAAUACGUUGAUGUCAAUGAAGAGAACGACUCGAAUAUUGCGAUAUACGAGCACGAGAUCAACGAAAGUACUACUCAUCUUGAGAUUGAGCCGUUUACCAUUUUAGGGGCGGUCGCAGGUCUCAUUCCGUAUCCCCACCAUAACCAAUCGCCCCGAAACACAUAUCAAUGUGCUAUGGGCAAGCAAGCUAUUGGCGCCAUUGCUUACAAUCAAUUUUCACGGAUUGACACUCUUCUCUACCUCAUGGUUUACCCGCAACAGCCAAUGGUUAAGACUCGAACCAUAGAGCUGAUCCACUACGACAAACUUCCCGCUGGUCAAAACGCCACCGUCGCAGUCAUGUCUUAUUCCGGCUACGAUAUCGAGGAUGCUCUCGUGCUCAAUAAAGCUUCCUGCGACAGAGGGUUUGGUCGCUGUCAGGUCCUUCGCAAGUAUUCGACUCAGUUGAGAAAGUAUCCCAACAGAUCUGCCGACCGUAUCGGUGAUCGAAUGAUGGACGAAAAGGAUCCGAGAAAACCAAUUGCCAAGCAUGCAAUCCUGGGUGCCGAUGGCCUCGCAAUGGUCGGUGAGAAAGUCUCUAUGGGCGAGGUGUACCUCAGCAAAGAGGUUCCUCUGAACACCACAUCUACGGGAAUCGGUUCGGAUUACGGGACCAAUGAGCACAAACCCGCCCCAAUGACCUACCGGCUCCCCGAUCCCAGCUAUAUCGAUAAAAUCAUGAUCUCCCAAACCGAAAGUGAUGCAACGGUAAUCAAGGUCCAGACCCGGCAGACCCGCCGUCCAGAACUAGGCGACAAGUUUUCCUCGCGCCAUGGUCAGAAGGGUGUGGUUGGUAUCAUUGUCAACCAGGAAGAUAUGCCAUUUGCUGACACUGGGGUGACGCCUGAUAUUAUUAUGAAUCCUCACGGUUUCCCAUCCCGAAUGACAGUGGGCAAGAUGCUGGAGCUCCUGUCAGGUAAAGCUGGUGUUCUGAAUGGAACCUUGGAAUAUGGUACUGCGUUCGGCGGCAGCAAUGUCGACGACAUGGGUGACAUUCUCAUCAAGCAUGGAUUUAGCUACUCUGGUAAGGAUUUCGUCACUAGCGGAAUCACGGGAGAGUCUUUGCCGGCGUAUAUCUUUUUCGGGCCUAUUUACUACCAAAAACUCAAGCACAUGGUUCAAGACAAGAUGCACUCGAGAUCUAGAGGACCACGUGCAAUUCUUACUCGGCAACCUACAGAAGGCCGAUCGAGAGACGGAGGUCUUAGAUUGGGAGAGAUGGAAAGAGAUUGUCUGAUCGCGUACGGAGCGAGUCAAUUGCUACUAGAGAGGCUCAUGCUAAGUAGCGAUGCUCAUCAGGUCGACAUCUGCGAGGUCUGCGGGCUGAUGGGGUAUCAGGGUUGGUGCCAGACCUGCAAGAGCACGAGAGGUGUAACGAGGAUGACAAUGCCGUACGCGGCGAAGCUGCUUGUACAGGAGUUGUUGAGUAUGAAUGUGCUAGUGAGGUUGAAGUUGGAAGACGAGUUCCCUCACGAAGGACGAAUUCGAUGAGCGUUUGGAGUGUUUUGAUGAUUAAUGGCUUAGAUGGUUGUAUCUGCAUUGCGUGGGCGUUUAUCUUAGAUCUGUCUGGAUGGUGCAUAGCCCUGGAGUACAAAAUUGAUCUCAAAUAUUCAACCCUGCGCCUCGUUUUCAUGGAUCCAAGGGACUUGCCCCUAUCGACUUAUUAUUCCUCAAUCUCCACCGGUGUCAAUACGUAUGAUCAGUUCUCUGCAACUUCUCCGAGGUAGCUGAUAAUCCCGAGUCAUUACAUCUGACUCGGAUAUCUCCUGAUUUAGAUGUAGCCAGAGUCUACAUAAUGACCGAUGGGUCAAUAGCAGUGAGUUUCCUCUUCAC